UUCUAGUUUAAUUUGUUGUUUUGGUUAGGGGGCGCUCACACGGAACUGUAAUGUCAUAGUUGUCAGAUGAGGUUUGUUUUUGUGAUCUGACACUGACAUUUAUCAUUAUAUACAUAAUAUUAUCAAUUAAAUCGUUUCGUGUCGGUUGUUCAAUAGUUGUGAUGUUUCGUGUUGAUAAGUAAAUUCGAGUUGUAAAUAAGAAAAAAAAUAAAAACAAUUGCAGCAAGAUGAAUUCGUUCAAGCAACCCACCCUGAGAAUAAACCAGGCAGACUUGAUGUGCAAGAAUGGGUGCGGUUACUUCAGCAAUGCCGAUUGGGAUGGUUACUGUUCGAAAUGCCACAGGAGCGCGCUGGAAAAGGAGAGGCAGAAGAAGCUCUCUUCGAAGCCACAGAAAAUGUCUGGGUUCACCAAGUUCGAGGAGAAGAAACGCCAGCAGACUGAUAAGAAGAACAAAUUAAUCAAGACGCCCGUCUUUCGGAAAACUGCGAGUGGAAGAGAUUCGUUCAGAUCCGAGAGGCAACCGGAGGCGAUCCACAAUCCGGAAGCGGAUCGUUUGACCGUGGAGUACCUGAAGACGUACGUGCUGCCAGAGCAGGUGAACAAGGAUUUCUUCAAGAAAAUCAGCUACCUGUAUUCGAUGAUCGUGACGGAGAUGGAUAACAAUAAGCCUAUAGAGGAGGUGGCGGAGCUGGCGCAAAAGUAUUACAUCAACUAUUCGACGAGAUUGAACGGUCAUCCGCUGUACGCGGACAUCGAUCCGAACGUCAGGGCUGAGAUGUUGGAGUUUUUCGAAAAGUUCGUCAUGUCGAGCGCUUACGAGUACAUAUUUUGUCCGCCGACGACGAACGACGAAGAGAAGGAUCUGAUCAUUCAGAACAGGAUCAGGAAAUUGAGCUGGGUGAAUGCUUACCAUUUGGACUGUUGCAUCAGCGAGACGAGCAUGGAGGUCAGGGAAUUGGUGUACACUGCAAUCACAGAUUUAAUUGGUUUGGAUUCGGUGAAGGCGCCUCAGGAGAAACUGGCGUGCGUCGUGCGCUGCUGUCAGAGCGUCGUGGAGAUACUGAAGAGUUGUCAGGAGGGACCGGUGAGCGCGGACGAGUUUCUGCCCGCCCUCAUCUUCGUCGUGCUGAAAGCGAAUCCGGCUCGUCUGAAGAGUAACAUCCUGUACAUCACGAGGUUCUGCAACGAUUCGCGCCUGAUGCAAGGGGAGCCGGGAUACUACUUCACGAAUCUAUGCUGCGCCGUAUCGUUCAUAGAGAAUCUAACUGCGGAAUCGUUGAGCAUGAACAGCGAGCAAUUCACGUCGUACAUGAGCGGCGACAGCAACGUGAUCAGCACCUGGGAAUCGGCGCUGUUCGCUUGCGAAGGAAUGCACCAGCUCACGCAGCAUCUGAGCCUGAUGAAAGACCUCACCGAACGCACCGCAACAAUCAAGUCGAGAGCGGAAGAGCUUCGAGAGAAAAUGCAAAGCUUAAAAGAUGAAAUCAAAUCGAAAGUGGCGACAGUCAUAGAGAAGAACCCGCUCGAGUUGAAACCGCCGAACGAAUUGCAGCUGAAGACACCGGAGAGGACGCAUCCGGCGUUGCGCGAAGAUGAAGGCGAGCAGGCCUCGAAUUUCUACACGUACAAUUUGCAAAAUCUGAGCGUGAAGAUCGAUCAGAAAUCGAAAUUCAAGUUGGAUCUCGUUGCGGAUCAAAAGCCGGUCGAGGGUGGCAGCGGUAACAGUCUGACCCUCAUCAAUUACGACAUCGACGUUUCCGAUCUGAGCAACGAGAGCGAUCUGACGCCGGAGAAACGCGACGAUCGUUGCCUGCUCGACAUGAAGGAGGAGUCGCCGGAGGCCCGCCUGCCGCCGCCGCUCGAACCGACCGCCCACUAUUCGGGAUUCGCCAAGCAGGGCUAUCAAAUACCGAGCAUACCGUGCAACACCGGCAACAAGAAUUCCGACACUUACAAGAACACGACGAAUAACGGAAACUGAACCGCGCAGACACUACACCGAUAGGAGAUUGCAUCGAAACGCUGCUGCUGAAUUGAUUUGUUGUGAUUAUUAAUUUAUAGAAUUAUAUUAAAGUUGGAAAUAGAGAUAUUAGAUAAGUUGUUAGUUUGGUUGCA